CCGAGCGCCUGACGUUGCGGUGCUGGCAGACAGAAGGAGGAGAAGUGGUAUUAGUACUGCCGCCCUCACCCUGUCUCCUUGGCAUUUAAUCUUACGGCGGUCGGUAACCAGCCCGGUAUAUCUACGGGGGAGCGAACAGCAGCGUCAGCUGCCUAAAUCACCACGGAGCCCACAAUGAAUGGACAACUGGACUUAAGUGGCAAGUUGAUUAUAAAAGCUCAGUUGGGAGAAGACAUCAGAAGAAUUCCAAUUCACAAUGAAGACAUUACCUAUGAUGAGCUGGUGCUGAUGAUGCAAAGAGUUUUCAGAGGAAAGCUCCUUACUAAUGAUGAGGUGACCAUCAAGUACAAAGAUGAAGAUGGAGAUCUUAUAACAAUAUUUGAUAGCUCUGAUUUGUCGUUUGCCAUCCAGUGCAGUAGAAUAUUAAAGCUCACCCUUUUUGUAAAUGGACAGCCAAGACCAUUGGAAUCUAGUCAAGUAAAGUAUCUCCGCCGGGAGUUGAUAGAACUACGUAACAAAGUUAAUCGGUUGCUGGACUGCCUGGAACCACCUGCAGAACCUGGAAUACCGUCCAGCCUUCCCGACAAUGAAGCUGUGGAUGGCAGAGAAGAGAAACCACCUGCACCAGAUUCCUCUGUUAAACCAUCUACCCAAGUUAUGGCUGCCAGCAUGUCUGCUUUUGAUCCACUGAAGAACCCAGAUGAAAUCAACAAAAAUGUCAUGUCUGCAUUUGGACUUUCUGAGGAGCAAGUCACUGGACCUCCUAGCGCACCAGUAGAGGAACGUUCCAGCACGCCAGAUAGCAUUGCUUCUUCCUCCUCUGCACAUCCACCAGGGACUCAGACUCAGCAGCCAUCAUACCCAGGAGCCCAGCAGCAAGCAGGUCAGAUUGAAGGACAGAUAUAUCAACAGUAUCCACAGCCACAGCAGCCUGCUGGUUAUCCAGCUCCUCAAGGCCAGCCCCAAGCUCCAGCCCAGCCUCAGCAACCCUACGGCAUGCAGUAUUCUGGUUACAAUCAGCAAGCUACUCCUCAACCAGCUCAGUAUCCAGCUUACAAUCAGCAAGCAGCACAGACUCCAGCUCCAGGGUUCCCAGGGCAGCAACAGCAAAUGGCUUCACAGCCCCCUCAGCAGUACCAGGCUGGGGGAUACCCUCCACAGACUUACACUACACAAGCCUCUCAGCCUGCAAACUACAAUCCGCCUCCUGUUUCCCAACCUGGACUGGCUCCAAGCCAACCAGGGAGCUAUCAGCCUAGGGCAGGAUUUACACAAUCCCCUGGAAGUACUGUAACCCCACCCCCAAGUGGCCCUAACCCAUAUGCGCGCAAUCGCCUACCAUUUGGUCAGGGAUACGCUCAGCCAGGACCUGGUUACCGGUAAAUGUCACUCUCACUAUUACUGCCAAGGCAAUGGCUGCUAGGUCUAUAUCCAUCCCAAUAGAUUCCAAUCUUAUGCUUAAAUUGUACUGAUGUUUCAGACAUCAGAGGAAAAGCUUAGUGUGCUUCUCAGCACACUGUUGCUUUUCACUAAAUGUUGUGUAAUUUAAUUCAAGUAGAGACCAAAUUAUUCUUUUCUGCUUUUGAUAGUACCUGCUCUCUAUAGUAGACAUUCAAAUACAAAAAUGUGUUUGACACUAGCCGGCCUUGUCAAAACUAUGACACAAUGCAAAUGGCAACCCCCAUUAUUUGGCUUGUUUUUAAUGAUCUGAUGUGUUAAAUUAGAUCUGUCCUAAAGUUUAAACUAGGUAUUAUGUACAAAUUCUAACACAUUAAAGGCUAAUAAAACAAUGAAAUGA